AUGGGUAUCACCGACUUCUUCUCCGCCGCCUGGGACACAUUCGCCCUGCCUUCGGCCGAUGCCGAAGCUCCUCCCCAGGGUGGCACAUCGACUCAGACACCCGCCUCGGGCACCGACGAGGAGUCGAGCGAGGAGGCCGAGGUCAACAAGCAGGACGCCAAGUCGGACGAGUCCGACGAGCAGGGACACAGGCCCAGCGACGGCGGCGAUGACGAGGAUGAGGCCGAGGAGGAGGAAGAGGAGGAGGAGGAGCUCGUAGACCCAAAGGAGACUCUUGAGGAGGAGUGCCGCAACUCCAAGGAGUGCCACGGCCCCAAGCACCACUACGACGAGUGCGUCGAGCGCGUCACCGGCCAGAUCGACAACGACGGCAAGGCCAGCGAGGACUGCGUCGAGGAGUUCUUCCACCUCGUGCACUGCGCGACCGCAUGCGCUGCCCCCAAGCUCUUCGCUCAGCUCAAGUAA